CCGCCCGCGCGGAGCACUCCGGCCAGAUUGCCAGCAAGCCAAGGCCACUGGCCUCGCGUCUCUCGACCCACCAUCCCCUGCCUCUGGCUCGUCUCCCUGCUCUUGGCUCGCUCGCAGAUCAGUCCUCCGCCCUGUCUGCUCUUCCUCCUCGCCCUUCAUCCACACCGUCCUCCGUCUUCCGUCCCGUCCCGUCUCAUCCCUCGCCAUGGCGUCACUGCGAUUCCUGAAAGGAUUGAAGCCUGCUGCUGCUGCUGCUGUCCACUGUGGCUCGGCCCAUGCAUUCUCAACGGCCGCGUCGACCCCCAAAGUGUACAAGCCAUCGUUCCUGCGCCGAAAUCGAGGCAAGAUCCUGGCCUCGCUUGCUGUCAUCGGUGCGGCCGGCUUGGGUUAUGAAGUCUAUGCCGCCCGCCAUCCCCAGGCGCAGCUGCCCUGGGACCACACCAAGAAGACCAUCGCCAUCCUCGGCUCGGGCUGGGCUGCCACCUCUAUCCUCAAGGACCUCGACACCAGCGAGUACAACGUUGUCGUUGUCAGUCCCCGCAACUACUUUCUAUUCACUCCCCUGCUCCCCAGCUGCACCGUCGGCACAAUUGAACUCCGGAGCAUCAUGCAGCCCAUGCGAUACAUCACCCGCCACAAGAAACGACAGAUCACAUUUGUCGAAAGCAAUUGCACCCACAUCGACCCUGAUAGCAAGCUGAUCACAGUCGAAGAUAACUCGGAGAUUGUGGGACUCGUCUCGAAGCAGCUUAUUCCGUACAACUACCUCAUCGUGGCCUGUGGAGCCGAAAAUGCCACCUUUGGCAUCAAGGGUGUCCGGGAGAAUGCUUGCUUCCUCAAGGAAGUUUGGGACGCCCGCAAGAUCCGCACGAGGUUGAUGGACUGCAUCGAAACGGCGGCUUUCCCGGGCCAAUCUCCCGAGGAGAUCGAGCGACUCCUGCACAUGGUUGUUGUUGGCGGUGGUCCGACCGGCGUCGAGUAUGCUGCCGAGCUCUAUGACUUUUUGCACGAAGACUUGAAGGACUGGUAUCCUGAGCUCGCCGGCAAGAUCAAGAUCACACUGAUCGAGGCACUCCCUCAUGUCCUGCCCAUGUUUAGCAAGAACUUGAUCGACUAUACCGAGAAACAGUUUGCGGACCAAAAAGUCGAGAUCCUGACCAAUACUCUCGUCAAGGAGGUUCAGCAGAAAGAGAUUACGGUGCAGAACGCAAAGAAGGAGAUUGAGUCCAUUCCCUACGGUCUCCUCGUUUGGGCCACUGGCAACACUGCUCGCCCGGCUGUCGCCGACUUGAUCAAGCGACUUCCUGAAUCGCAAAAGCAAAGACGUGGCUUGGAAGUCGAUGACUUCCUGCGUGUCAAGGGCGCGACCGACAUUUACUGUCUCGGAGACGCUUCUGCUUCCAAAUGGGCCCCCACUGCCCAGGUUGCGAGUAGCCAAGGUCGCUAUCUGGCAAAGUAUUUCAAUAACCUCGCUGAAAAGGAAAAGGCCCGAAAGCUGCUUGCAGCCACUGGCGGAGAUCCCAGCACCAUUCCCGAUGAAGACCCCUUCGAAUACGAUCAUCGCGGCACCCUUGCGUACAUCGGCUCUGAUAAGGCCAUCGCUGAUCUGCCCGGUAACAUCCACGUCGGAGGUGCGCUGACCUUCUAUUUCUGGAGAAGUGCCUAUCUAAGCAAAUUGUUUUCUAUUCGUAACCGAGUGCUGGUUGCAUUCGACUGGACCAAGAAGAUUGUCUUUGGCCGGGACAUUGGACGAGAAUAGGUUCUUUGCCAAUCUCUACCCCGACCUCUUUCUCGACCCCUUCUCGAUCUGUAUCCCUCUCCAAUCCUAUGGCGCGCCUGCUGCUGGGUUGGAUCUGUUGGCAUCGACGGCUUGACAGCGACCCAAGCCCGGC